ACCACUGGCAAAGAGCCUUGCCAGGAUUUUGGAGUAAAGAUGAAUGAACAGUGUGCUUCAGCAAUGGAGGAGAAAGCUGUGAAGGCUAUUUUGUUUGACAUGGACAACACGCUCAUAGAAACAAGUCGGGCAAAUGGAGUGGCGAUACAAAAGACCAGUGAACUUUUGAAGACCACACUGGCCCUUGAUGACAACACCAUCAGCAGCAUUUGUGACAAGUUCAAGCAAAAGCUAUAUCAUGAGAGCUUUGACCCCUCAGCAGGCAGAACCAUUGAUGAGGUGCGUGUGGGUCACUGGGAGGAGAGCAUCCAGGAGGCUGUUGGCAGCUGUUCUCCACCCUCGUUGGGAGCUCAGUGCUACUACCUGUGGAAAAAUAGUCGCUUGGAGUUUCUCUGUCUGUCCCCUGAAAUAUGCAACCUCCUGAGACAGCUGCGCAGCAGAUACAAGCUGUUGCUGCUGACAAACGGGGAAACUCAGACUCAGAGAGAGAAAAUUAAAGCAGUCAGGUGCGAGGGGUUCUUCGAUGCCAUCGUGGUCGGAGGAGAAUAUGCAGAGCAGAAACCAUUCGUCUCCAUCUUCACAUUGUGUUUCAACAUGCUGCAAGUGAAGGCCCAGGACUGUAUUAUGGUAGGGGACUCUCUGGACACAGAUAUCGAGGGGGGCUUUAAUGCCAAAGUACGAGCGACAGUUUGGAUCAGUAGUGCAGGAGGUGCUGUGCCAGAUGGUUCAGUGAAACCAGAUUACACUAUCCCGACUGUGUUGGACCUGCCAGAUAUUCUGCAACAACUGAAAUAGGGACAACUGUUAACUGAAACUGUGUGUGUUGCGAGAAUGAGGGGCAAUGUCGCCUUAAGUGGCGAUUUUAAAUUAUGGAUGUGUUAAAAAAAUGAAUGUCAUGAUCAAUUUUCAACUUUCAAAGAGGGCACUUUUACAAGCAUCCUGCUAAGGAUCUUACACUAACACAGUGUCAUUUAAGGACUACUUGGAGUCCAGUGAACAAGUGUGGUCACUCAGGUAUCUGUUAAUUUACACUGUGUGGAAAUUAACUAAGUACAUUUACUCAAGUACUGUACAGUUUUGAGGUACUUGCACUUGACUUGAGUAUUUCUGUUUUAUGCUUCUUUAUACUAGCCCACUACAUUUCAGAGACAAGUACUGAUUUUUAUACUCCACUACAUUUAUCUGACAGCUGUAGUUACUAUUCAGAUCAAGAAUUUACACUGAAAAGGGUUCCCACACUUAGGCUUAAUUCCCUCCAAUUCAAGGACCCAACACAGCACAGUUUGAGACACGGAUCAAUGUGAUGUGACACUGAGAAUUUUUAUAUUGUAUUCUGUUAUCACUGUACUAUGUUGCAUCAAUAGAUGUCCCGCCCAAACAGGUUUACAGAGCAGACUAUCAUUCUCCAUGUACAUAGGUGUGAGACUAAAUAAACAACUCAUAGGCAAUGUGAACAGUAUAUUCUGUAUGCCUUCACACUGACAUGCAUCAAAUAAAGUGAUCUCAUAUUG